GGAGUGUUUAAAGUCAAGUGUUGCUCACAACUGGCGAGUCUGUGCAAAGUUUGCAACUGAAACAAAAUGCUGGAAAGCAAAAUAACACAGUUGACAGUGCGCGACGUAAGAUUCCCGACGUCACUGGAACAACAUGGAUCGGAUGCAAUGCACACCGAUCCAGAUUACUCAGUCGCAUAUGUUGUUCUCGAGACGGACUCGGAUGCUGCACUGAAGGGUUAUGGGUUGACUUUUACUGUAGGAAGAGGGACGGAAAUCGUGGUAUGUGCAGUUAAAGCCUUAUCUACUUUGGUGGUCGGGAAGACUUUGAAGGAGAUAAUCAGUGACUUCAGAGGCUUCUACAGACUCCUGAGCAGUGAUGGUCAGAUGAGAUGGGUUGGACCAGAAAAAGGAGUAAUUCAGCUGGCGACAGCAGCCAUUCUGAAUGCUGUCUGGGAUUUAUGGGCGCGGGUGGAGGGCAAGCCCUUGUGGAAGCUACUUGUAGACAUGGAUCCUGCAAAGUUGAUCAGCUGUAUUGAUUUUAGAUAUAUCACCGAUGCACUGACUGAGCAGGAAGCUUUAGAUAUAUUGGUAAAAGCAAAAAAAGGUCAGAAAAGUAGAGAGGAGCAGAUGUUAAAGGAAGGCUAUCCUGCCUACACCACUUCCUGUGCCUGGCUGGGAUACACUGACCAACAACUAACCCAGCUCUGCUCUGAAGCUCUUGCUCAAGGCUGGACUAAAUUUAAAGUGAAGGUUGGGGCUGAUUUGCAGGAUGACAUCCGUAGAUGCAGCCUUAUCCGGAAGUUGAUUGGACCAAACAACACCCUGAUGAUUGAUGCCAACCAACGAUGGGAUGUUAAUGAAGCGAUUACUUGGGUAACCAAGCUGGCAGAAUUUCACCCACUAUGGAUUGAGGAACCCACAUGUCCUGAUGAUGUUUUAGGUCAUGCUUCCAUCUCUAAGGCACUUGCACCUUUGGGUAUUGGAGUCGCCACUGGAGAGCAGUGCCAUAACAGAGUGAUGUUUAAGCAGUUUCUCCAGGCCUCAGCUUUACAGUUUGUUCAGAUUGACAGUUGUAGGGUGGGCAGUGUGAAUGAAAACCUUGCCAUCAUACUCAUGGCUGCCAAGUUUAAUGUUCCCGUGUGUCCUCAUGCCGGGGGUGUGGGACUGUGUGAGCUUGUUCAGCACCUUAUUUUAUUUGACUACGUUUCAGUGUCUGCUAGUUUAAAUAAUAGGAUGUGUGAGUAUGUAGAUCACCUUCAUGAACAUUUCAAAAGCCCCACCAUCAUCAGAAAUGCCCACUACAUACCACCAAAGGACUCUGGAUACUCUUGUGAAAUGCUGGAAGAGUCUGUGCAAAAGCAUCAGUAUCCUCAGGGUGAGGUUUGGAGAGCCAUAGAGCAGCAGGGGAAACAAUAAAUAUGAACACAUACUGUAUGUGCUACUGACUGCGAUGUAAAUAACAUUACUACUUCCAUAACUAAACUUGAAGUCCUGUCAGAUUGUCUUGAUUGAGUUGAUUGGCAGUGCAAAGGAAUGAGAAGGGUAAAUGGACAAUGAAAUGUUUUCUUUGCGGAUGAAUAUGGAAAUUUGUAUUACUCCUUUAUAAGUUUGACCAAUUUUAACGUUCCUGAAAGAUAAAUGCUUAUGUUGCAGUCUGAAAUGAUGAAAUGUACUCUGCAGCCAAAGAGGGGAAUGGCACAAGUGUAUGCUAAAACUACUGCUGUCUAGUUUGGGGAAAUUACUAACAAUGGGGAAUUUUAUUUGCUUAUUACAGUUUUUUUAAAUUGCUUACACACUAAAAGUGGUACUUGAGGCAUACAACUCAGUAAAACCAUUCACUCGUAUUCCUAAUCUAAUUCCUUUAUACAAUACAGAUUGUUUCAAAGCAGUAGUAACAAAUUAAAAUUCUGCUGUUAAGCAGCUCUAAUAAGCAAAUAGUGUCAACUCAAAUCAGUUCAGGUUUUAAUUAGUUCAGUUCAGUAACUGUAAAGUUCAUCAAUUGUAUACACACUGUCUAUUUUUGCAUAUACAUGUAAGUCUGAGUGCUAUGACAAACAUCUGUGCACUCCACGACACACUGAACAAGCAAGAAUCUAGGUAGUAUUUGCCAUAUCCGUAUGUAGUAUAUGGUAUUUGGCAAAUCAUUUGACGUUUGUGUGUAGAGUUACUAUGCAAAAAUACAAUUUUUUUAUAAGAAUUAAAAUAGUUUUGAAAGAAGU